AUGAAAAACCAUUUUCCUUGCCUUAAAAUUUUUGAAGAAAGGGAAAAAGUCGCGGGCUUUGGGAAGCUUUAUAUUUCCCACCACUAUUCAAAUCUCACAAACACACACAAAACGGUGUACCAUUUCUCAGGCACAUUGGAGAGACCAAAGAAAGGGGUUGGAGAAGAGAUGCAGCAGCGAGGAGUAGGGGAAACCAUAGGAACAAAAAUGGAACAACUUAGGUUAACAUAUGAAAGAGAUCUACACAUUCAACAAUACACUAUAGAUGCUGCCACUAUCUCCUUUCGCCAAUCUUUGGAUUCAACCAAAACCCUAGCUCACCAAACCCUUCAAUUCCACGCAAAACUUGGGAAAUUGAAAACUGAGCUUAGAGAGGCGGAAGAUAAUUUAGUGAAAGCACUUGCAGUUAAGACCCGAAAAGAGGCAAAGAAGAUAGAAUUAGCAGAACUAAUAUCUACUACCAAUGCUAGAGUGGAAGAGUUUAGAGGGGUCGUGGAAGAUAAAAGGGCCAGGAAACAUGAAUAUUCCGCUCUAAUAUCUCAACAAGAAGAUGCUCUGGAAACACUUGAAGAAAAGCUUAACCAGAACACUGAACAUAGAGAGGCAAUUGAGGAGGCUACCGUGUGGUACAAUAAGGUGCUUGGUUUACGUAUUGAGUGUGGCCAAGGAGUAAAAUUCAUCUUUACCAAUAUAGAUGCCAACAAUCCAGAUGAUGAGUACUCUUUUACCGUCCGACGUGAGAAUGAUGUACAUACUUUGAUUGAUUGUGAUCCACAGCUGAAUGAUGCAAAAGAACUGCUCAUUGAGUUAAAUAAAAGCAAUGGACUGUACAAGUUCAUCAGGACUAUGAGAGAGAAGUUUCUAGAAGUUGUAGCACGUGGAUUAACAUCACAAGACCAAGAUGCUUCUAUGGUCUCUAUGCCUCCCCUGAUGUCGUCCAUCUCAAUUAGUAGUAGAGAUGAAUCUUCACCCCAGAAAGUGGAAUCUAAAUCUGAUGAAUAUAAGAGAACUUCCAGGAAGCUUCCCCGUGGUAAAAGGGAUAGGUCAAGAAAUGAUAAUGAUCAGCCUUUUUCUUACCAUCUGAAAUUUGUUGAAGCACCUUCUUGAAGUUGAUCAGCCAUCAUAUACUCUCAGUGAGCGAUGACUAGCAAAUACUCUGUCUGCAGUAUAUGUAUAUUAUGUUCCUUUUUAGUUUAUUUUAAAAAAUGCCAGCUUUAUAUAGUUAGUUCUAACAUUCCCAUGUUACCCGUAGAGACAAUCCCUUUUAGGAAUGACAUGGCAUGUUUAAGACUAAUUCAACAGAUAUUUUUAGUAUGUUAUAUACACCUAGGGUUUGAAUUAGCUUACUUUGUUUCUUAGUCAAAAAACUUCGUUGAGUUUGCUGAAGUAUAUUGUUACAGCUUUCAAGUUAUACACUCCAUUCUCCUUGUAUUUAUAUUGGUCUUUAUGUCUGUGGUCUCUGCAAGAACUUACGGGUUCUACUUCAUCCAUUUUAA